AAAAAAAUGUCAUUCAAAGAGCACUCGACGAAAGAUACUUUUCAAUGCAAUAUUAUUGAAAUUGUAUAUUUUCGUUUUUGGUUCUAGUUUAUUCUAUUACGAAGAUUCUAUAAAGUGAGAGUACUCUAAACCUGAUGUUUUCAUGCUAUCGUUGCUCAAGAGAUAUUCGAAUUUCAAAUCGGUUGGAUAUCGACUGCAGCACGUGACGAGUAGAGAUAUGGAUCACUCAAUAGAUCAACUGACAUCAUUGUUCCUGAGCACGAUGGAUACCGUCAAACCGAAAGCUUUAUUCCACAACUAUCUGAAGAGCUCGGAGAACAUUUUCAAGCAAUUGGAAAUUCCCGACAAAACCUAUCAUGUGAUUGGCUUCGGGAAAGCUGUUCUCGGAAUGGCUGUACAAAUGGAGCGAAUACUUGGUGAGAAGCUACAAAGCGGCUGCAUCAGCAUUCCAGUCGGAACGUACCAGCGUUUCAAAGACGACGAAGACUUUCAGUUGAGCAUUUCGAGCAGAAUCAAGAUUUAUGAGUGCGCGCGAAACAAUCUUCCGGAUGAGGACGCAGUGGAAGCUGCGAGAGCAAUCAAAUCGCUGGCGGAGAGUACGACUUCGAGCGAUGUGUUAUGCGUUCUUAUUUCUGGUGGAGGUUCGGCAUUAUUGCCACUUCCAAAAGAUCCAAUAACGCUCGGAGAGAAACUGUCUGUAAUAAAAUCACUAAGCGCUUCGGGAGCUACCAUUAAUGAAUUGAACAUUGUCAGAAUAUUGCUUUCAGCAGUCAAGGGAGGGAAGCUAGCUUAUGCAGCCAGGAACUGCUAUAAACUCUUGAGUUUCAUCAUAUCUGAUGUUAUUGAUGAUCCGCUUCCGCUGAUCGCUAGUGGGCCAACCGUAAAAAAUAACAUUAACAACGAUGAUGCUUGGAACGUUAUUAAUAAAUACGGCAUCGCGUGGAAUAUUCCCAGUUCGAUUGCAAAAGUUCUAGAUACUUCGGAAUCGGUACAUAUUCCAGAUAAUUUUUCGGAGAUACACUUAAUUGGGUCCAACAAGAUUGCUAUUCAGCAUAUUGUACAAAGCGCCGAGCGAAUCGAUGCGAUUGUUAUAGCGCUUUCAGAGCGAGUGCAGGGAAACGUUGAAGAUCUCAGCAAAGCCUAUGCUGAAUUGGCUCUAGUCAUUAUUCGGUUCCGGAACGGCGAACUUUCGAAGUCCAACCUCAUCGAGCGAUUAAAUCGAAUAGGGAAAAUAUUAUACUUUACCAGGGAAACAAGUUCGGAACUCUUCGAGCAACUAUCAUCUGGUAAUGGUAAAGAUGUGCUCCUGGUAGCAGGUGGAGAGACGACUGUGGUAAUACGGGGGAACGGUAAGGGUGGACGUAAUCAAGAGCUGGCACUGAGAUUCAGUUAUGAGUGUUCCCGAAUUAGUGACCUACACAACAAUGCAGUUUUACUCUCCGCUGGCACCGAUGGGAUUGACGGACCAACAAAUGCUGCUGGUGCAAUCGGAUGUAGCGCUGUUAUUGAUGAUUUUCUUUCGACAGGGAACGUGAAAUCACCUCGCGAUUUCAUUGAAGAUAACGAUUCGUACACAUUCUAUCAGCAAGUAAACAAGGGAAAUUAUCAUAUUACCAUUGGUCAUACGGGCACAAAUGUGAUGGAUAUUCACCUUCUUUAUAUUCCAUGGAUGCAAAAAGAUUCACAUGGCACACUGUCUUAAAAAUAAAUAGAAUAAAAGGUU